AAUAUAUAAUUAAGCCUUCAUGUAUCUUAUUUUAAAAAAAAAACUUUUUUAAAAAAAAUAUUUUAGAGCAUUUCUCACCAACUUUGGUACUUCUAUUUUCGGAGUUACUAUUUUCUGUUAGGUACCAUUUGGCAGCCCUUGAAAUUGAGCUGGCGCGUAAUUCCAACCUAUUCAGUCUUCAGCCCCCAGCAGCCCCAGCCAAGGGCCAGUUCGUGUCUUCGUGAUCUAUGAAGGCUACGAAACAAGCAUUUCCCUUUGUGACGUUCGCUUUUGUGGUUUCCCACCAAUCUCUCAACACAAAUCAAUGACUAAUACGAAUUCUCUCCUCAAAGUUCUCCUCAGAAGCCCCGACACUGUAAGCUCGAAAUACCAAGCCAAACAGCUGCAUGCUCAAAUCCUCAAAUUCAAACCGUCCUCUUCUACUUACCUUUCCACUCUCAUCUCCAUCUACGCAAAAUUUAACCUUUUACAUGAUUCUCUUCUUCUUUUCAACACCCUUCACUCACCGCCAAUUCUUGCCUAUAAAUCCAUCAUCAGAUGCUACGCUGCUCAUAACCUUUUAGUUCAAUCCCUGGGAUGUUUUGUGCAAAUGAGAGCUUCUGGUAAAUGCCCAGAUCAUAAUGUGUUCCCCUCUGUGGUCAAGUCAUGCGCAUUGUUGUCGGACCUAAAAUUAGGCGAGUCUGUUCAUGGGUGCAUUAUUAGGUUGGGUAUGGACUUUGAUUUGUAUACCGGCAAUGCCCUUCUGAAUAUGUAUGCCAAAUUUCAGAGUUUGGGUAAGAGUGGCUCGCAGGGAAAUGGUAUGUAUAAGAUGUUUGAUGGAAUGUCUGAGAGAAUGUUUUGUAGUGAAGUUAGUGGUGAAUUGGUACACAAGUCUGAGAAACGGAUAAUGAGUAUGGAUCAAAAUCCUAGUUUGAACAAAGCUAGGAGUGUUUCACCCCAAAUUAAUGGAAGCAGCGAAGUCAUUGAUCGGUUUUACCGGGAAAUUCAUGAUUCUUACGGAGAAAAGGCAGAAAGGAGUACAACAAUGGAUAGUGUAAGAAAGAUUUUUGAGAUGAUGCCGAGAAGAGAUGUUGUUUCUUGGAAUACAGUGAUUACAGGGAAUGCACAGAAUGGAAUGUAUGAAGAAGCUCUAAUGAUGGUUAGGGAGAUGGGAAAUGCGGACUUGAAACCUGAUUCAUUCACUUUGUCAAGUGUGCUUCCUAUAUUUGCAGAAUAUGUGAAUGUCAGUAAGGGGAAAGAGAUUCAUGGGUAUGCCAUAAGAAAUAGCUUUGAUGAAGAUGUUUUCAUUGGUAGUGGCUUAAUUGAUAUGUAUGCAAAGUGCAGUAGAGUGGAAGAUUCAUUACGGGUUUUUAGGAUAUUGCCCCAGCGAGAUGCCAUUUCGUGGAAUUCUAUUGUUGCGGGGUGUGUACAGAACAGUCUGUAUGAUGAGGGCCUAAGGUUAUUUUGGCAGAUGGUGAAGGCUAAAGUAAAGCCUAAGCAAGUUUCCUUUUCCAGUAUCUUACCGGCUUGUGCUCAAUUGACAAAAUUAAAUUUGGGAAAGCAGCUUCAUGGAUAUAUAAUAAGGGCUGGAUUUGAUAAUAAUCUGUUUAUAUCUAGCUCACUUGUUGACAUGUAUACCAAAUGUGGGAAUGUUAAAGUAGCUAGACGGAUCUUUGAUAAAAUGGAGCAACAUGACAUGGUGUCGUGGACUGCCAUAAUCAUGGGAUAUGCUUUACAUGGUCAUGCCCGUGAUGCAAUUUCCUUAUUUGAGCAAAUGGAAAUUAGGGGAGUGAGACCAAACUAUGUGGUUUUUAUGGCUGUGUUAACUGCUUGUAGUCAUGCUGGUUUGGUUGAUGAAGCUUGGAAAUAUUUCAACAGUAUGACUCAGAAUUAUGGAAUUGCACCAGGCUUGGAGCACGUCACUGCAAUGGCAGACGGACUUGGUAGAGCAGGAAAGUUAGAUGAAGCUUAUAAGUUAAUCUCCAGUUUGGAUAGACCUGUAGGAAGUGUUUGGUCUACGUUGCUAGCUGCUUGUCGAGUCCACAAGAACAUUGAAUUGGCUGAAAAGGUUGCCAAGGAAAUAUUUGAGGUUGAUCCAGAGAAUGUAGGAGCCUAUAUUCUUCUGUCAAACAUAUAUGCUGCAGCUCGGAGAUGGAGAGAUGCAUCAAAAUUGCGAUUAUUUAUGAGGGAUAAGGGCAUAAAGAAAACUCCUGCUUGCAGCUGGAUUGAAGUUAAAAACAAGAUGCAUGCCUUUACCUCAGGAGAUAAAUCCCAUCCAAAUUAUGAUAAAGUACAUGAGACUCUGAAAGUCCUACUAGAAAAGAUGGAACAAGAAGGAUAUGUUCCUGAUACGAGUGAGGUGUUUCAUGAUGUUGAGGAGGAGCAGAAGAAACAAUUAUUAUAUGGUCACAGUGAGAGACUUGCCAUAGCAUUUGGCAUCAUUAGCACCGCUGCUGGCACAACGAUUCGAGUCACAAAGAACAUUCGGGUGUGUACAGACUGUCAUACAGCAACCAAAUUCAUAUCAAAGAUAGUUGAAAGAGAGAUAAUUUUGAGGGAUAAUAACCGCUUUCACCAUUUCAAGGGUGGAAAUUGUUCAUGUGGAGAUUAUUGGUGAUAGGAGCAAGAAACUUCCUACAGUUAUCACUAGUGCUCCGGCCAGGAGAAAAGUUUGAACAACAUUCAGGUCUGUGCAGACUUCCCAUACAACUGCAGAGUGUCAUCUAAGAUUUUGGAGAGGUAAAUGAUUGUGAGGGUUAAAUUACCAAUUUAAUGUGAUGGGAAAAAUGUGAUUUUGUCAGUCUAUUCAUCAUCCCUCGCUGAACCUAAGGGUAAGUUGUUCUCUGGUGCCAAAAAGAAAAAAUGGUGCAACUUGGAAUGUGAUUUAUUUGUGUAUCCUUUUCUUUUAUAGCCUUGUUUCAGUUUUCUAUCAGCUGUACUCAUAGAGGCAGAGGUGUCAAGCCACAGAAUUCAAUAGCUGACGUCCGCUAGUGUCAUGCACACACUGUCUGCAGAUGAUACACUUCUAUCUGAAGCAAGUAUGAUCAGUGCUCAAGCUGUCAUGAACAAUCAUAAAAAAUUAUUCAUUUCUUUGGUUUCACACUUCUCAGCAACAGAGAAGAAUCCAGCAGGUUUUACAUCUCUCAGGAACUGUUUUGAUUCACUUAGGAAGGAUAAAAUUGAAAAGGAGAUCGAAUGACUCAUGGAGAAAAUAUCCAUAAUAUGUUGGAAUGUGAUGAACGUAAAGAAUGAAACUACAUAUGAAGGAAGAGCCCCAGAUACAAUGAAACAACAAAGGAAUGCUGGGCACCCAUUCAGGAAUAAGGUGUUCUGCUAGUUAACAAACAAGAAGCGCAAGUCAAUCGGACUCACAGGCAGCACGCAAUAUCAUCUGGCAACCCAACUCUGAUGCAAAAUUAACUAGAGGGAAAACCUCUCAUGCAAAAGGUACGUAGGGAUCGGAAAGGUAGGAUGCUCCGAUGAUGUUCGUAGCUCACACCUAAUAGAGGUUUUCGGUUCAAGGAAGCAAUCCUGUUGGUAAAGCAAAUACAAGCUAAACAUAGUGUUGGAGUCUGAUUCUGAAAUCUCAUCAAAGGUGAUCCAUGAUCAAAGCCAGUGCUAUUGGGAAAUUGACGCCGUAGUAAUCUGUAUCAGAAAACAAGUUCCCUCCUUUCAGUUAUUGAACAUCAGUCUGGUUAGGAAAAAGGCAUGUGCAGUAGCUGACUGGAUGGUAAAUCACUUUCAUUGAGGCUUUCCUUGUAACAACUUAUGUUAACUCUCCUGCUCAAUAUAAUCUGCUGUGUCUCGACUCCCCGAGCCUCUUUCCAGUGAAUACUGUUGAUUUAUUAUUUUUAAAUGUUAAGGAAGAUCUUCAUAUAAAUGGAGCUGCAGAGCAAGAAAGUUAAACUUC